AUGUCGGCCUCCUCCGAGCUAACCGGUGUAACGCCUGAGUUCAUCCUCAGGCCUGUGUUGAGGGUCCAGACAGCAGAAGACUGUGGAGAGAAUCCAUCGCUUUUGGAAGAAGAUGAUGAGUGCCGCACGCCAACCUCCAAAGAGAGCAAGCUACCUUCUACUCCCAGGAGCUGCCCGCCGGCACCGAGGAAGCCCAGAAGGGUGGUCUCAUGCAAGAGGAGACUAGUGGAAGAGGUAGAGGUAAUCAUGGUUGGAGCUGAGGAACUUGAGAGGUUGUUCCGGAGGAGGGAUGAGCCAAAUGUUAUUGGUUCAGGGAGACCUGCAAAGAAGCGAAGAUGUCGUCGUCCCGAUGACAAAUGA